AUGGGUGCGUGUGAGAAUUCGUUUGAGCCGCACGAGCCCUUGAAUCUUACUGCCACUGAGCAUCAUUCGUGCUUGGAAUUUAUCAAGGAUUCUGAACAGCUGCCAACCUUGGAGACUGGUCGCAUUCUAAUCGAUUCUAAUGUGGACCCCUCUAGUGCAAUUGAUGAUGGGUUUGCGGAGUUGUCUCAGAGAGAUAAUGUUGUCUGUGCUAGCUACAGUGAUGUAACGGAGGCUGUGUCAGUUGAUAUGGGAAUUGGGUUGACGGGUGAGGGGGAUAGUGCUGCUGGUUUGAUAGCAGGGAAGUUGUUGGAGGAUGAAUCUGGGUUUAGUGUGGGUUGUUUGGAUGAGAAGCAAAGUGGGAUAGAUGACUGUAAUGGGGAAACAGAUAGAUUCUGGGAGGAAAAAGUAGGACUUGGAGGUGAGAAUGGUGGACCACUAGAUUGUGGAAGCUCUUUGGAAUUGCUGCUUGUCCCUGAUGCACUGAGAAAUUUUGAUCAACCGGAUGGUCGAGUGGAUGAUAAGAAUGCUCAUUUUCAAGGUGUUACAGAAAAGGAAAGUAAUGGUUUAGCUACAGUAGAGGCUGAUACUUCUGAUGAAGUAGUGCCUUCAAUACCUGUGAAUGAUAUGACUAGUAGUUGUGUUCAGCAAGAUGACCAGAAUGAUGAUGAGAGUGGCAGUAUUCAAGGGGUUAUGGUAGAUAAAAAUGAUGGUUUAGCUGACAUAGAGACUAUUAAUUCUGAGGAAAUAGUUCUUUCACCGGGCUGUGAGAUGCCAGCAGAAUUAAUGCAAGCAAAGGAUUGGUGCGGAAAUGGUGAUCGACAAGAUGACCUGAGGGAUGAUAAGAAUGCCAGUGUUCAAGGGGUAAUGGAAAAAAAUAGUGGUGGCUUAGCUCCAGUAGAAGUUGAUACUUGUGAUGGAAUAGUGCAUUCUUCGGAUCAAGAAAUGCCUGCAGAACUAAUAUUAGAAAAAGGUUUGCCUAGUGAUGGCAGUGAACAGUACAAGCAUGAUUGUGGUACCUCUCAAGAACCAGUCAUGGAAGAGAAAUUUGGCAUUUUAACUGGGCUAGAGAGUAGCAAUCUUCAAGGUGUGAUGGAAUGGAAAAGUGACCGCUUAGUGGCAACAGAGGCUGCUGAUACUUGUGAAAACAUAUUGUCUUCACUGGGCUAUGAAAUGCCUGCUGAACGUUUGCCUAGAGACGGUGUUGAACUGGACAGUAGUACCUCUAUGGUGGUGACCAUGGAAGAGAAAAACGGUUAUUUAGCUGGAAUAGAGAGUAUUAGUAGUGAAGGGUUCUUGGAAGAAAAAAGUGAUAGUUUAGCUGCAAUAGAGACUGCUGCUUGUAAUGAUAUAGGUCCUUUACAAGGCUGCAAAAUGCCUGCCGGAUCAAUUUCGGUGAGUGGUUCGCCUAGAAAUGGUCUCGGACUGGACAAGCAGGAUGGUGGUACAUCUCCCACUGUGGUUCCAGAAGAGGAAAGUGUUCUUUUGACUAGGUUAGAGAUUGAUAAUCAAGGCCAAAUGUUGCCUUCGCUUGACCAUGAGCAGGUUGACCAGAAGGGUGAUCAGAUCAUUUGCUGUCCCUUUGCAGGAGGGAUUAUGCAGGAGACAAGUGGUGUUUUAGACGCGACAGAGACUACUACUUCCAACUGGUUGUUGUCAUCACAGGGCCUCGAUAAGGCCUUGAAAUUAAUGCUCUUGACUGGUUUGCCAGAAGCAAGUGUUCAUCAUGAUGAACAGAAGCUGAUUCCAAGGAAGCUGGACCCUAAGGCUGUCAAAGGUCUAACCAUAGAGAGGGAUCCAGAGCAGGAAAGUAAUGCCUCAGCCAGGUUAGAAGCUGAUAGCAAUACCCAGGUAUCACCACAUAGUGCUAUUGAUUCUAGCAGUGCAGGUGACUGUUCUGGAGAGACAGACAAUGAAGCAAAGAAUCAUCUCAGCACUGAUAGUGUUUCUGAAAACAAGUGUCAUGACAUUGCAUCAUCUUCACGAAGGAGCAAUGGAGUACGUAAAUCAAGCCAGAAGACCCAUACGAAAAGGGCUGCAAGGAAACCUAGGAACACAACCAAAGUCCCAAACCUGCAUCGAGGUAUUGAGAUUAACUUCAAAAGUGUUACAAGGAGGCGAAGCUGUUUCUCCAAACCAGCUCGGUCUUCUGCUUGGGGAUUAUUGAGGAAUAUUACACAGACUUUUAUGCUGAUUAAUGGUCUCAGACUUGAUGAAAUUGAGAAUCAUGGAUCACAGAAAGCAAGGGGUGGCCGGGGAAGCAGAAAGCGAAAUAAUCAUGCUGGUGGAAGCUCACGAAGUUCCAGCAAGAAAGGUUGUGCUUUGGCUAGUUGCAUUCGUUUGAAAGUUAAAGUGGGAAAAGAAGCUUGUCAAACUGAAGGUAAUCCGAAGAUUAUGCUCCCAGAGGUAAUUGAUACCAAGGCAUCUGCUGAUCUUAUAAGCGAUUAUGGGGCUGAGUCACACCAGGAAACCAGUUUUGAAAUUUCAAAGUCAGCCCAUUGUGCUGAAGAUAACGUGGCCCAAGAGGGAGAUGAAAAACAGCUUUGCUCUUUUGACAUUAAGUUGGAGAAGGAAGAAGCACACUGCGAUGCUUCUGCUUUGGAUGUAAAUCUUGCAAACAAGGACGUGGAGGACGCUGUGACUUCUGAAAAGUCAUCUGGAGAUAUUGUGGAAGAUUAUCUUGAGGUUCCUCCCCAUACAGAGGUUGAAGCACUGGGAGUAGCUACUGAGAAGAGGUAUACAGAUCCUGGAACUUCACCAGAUUCAGAAGUUAUCAAUAUAGUACCCGAGGGUCAAGUUGAUGCAAGAUGUCAAGAAGAUUUUCCUGAUGCCAUUCUGUCUUCUUCCAAGGUUUUUGCUGCAGAUGAAGGGGGUAAUGUUAAAUCGGCAAAGAAACGAGGGGGUAGGCAGAGAAAGGGUGAUGGCCUUUCCUCUAGUGAGAUCCUUACUUCAUCCACCAGUGCAAAUGGCUCGAUCAACACACCAAGCAGUAAAGAAUGUUCCACAGGUCAGGUGCCUUUGUCAAGAGAGACUGAACUUGAAGUCUCUGGAGAGGCUUUGAGAGAAGAAAUCAGUAUGGAAACUAAAAUAUGUGGUGGACUGGAUGCUGACCUUAGGUCAUCAGAAUCACAGAUUUCAAAAAACCCUAUUCCUUCAACUAAAUCCAGGGGAUGCCGACUUCCAAGGAAAACUAAUGGAGUGAACAAGGGAAGGUCCAAAGUCUCUGACUCUGCAAAAAGCCGGAGGGCAAAUGGCUGCAAGGAGAGAGGAAAUGAUCGGAAGUCAGUUAAAAAGAACAAAGCCAAGGAGAGGAGUGUUUGUGAUCAUGUUGUUCACAAAGGUGGUGAUGUUCCAGAAAUAGAUGACAAUGGAAAAGUCGAUGUUGGUGCUGAUGCUGCUGCAGAAGAGGUAGCUAAUUUGGACAUGUCGUCAAGUGGUAUAAUGGAGCAAAAUUCAUCCCCAGAUAAUGCUUGGGUUCGCUGUGAUGAUUGUCUUAAAUGGCGGCGUAUUCCAGUUGGACUUGUAGAAUCUAUUAGUCAAACACAUUGCCAAUGGAUCUGCAAGGACAGCACGGAUAAAGCCUUUGCCAAUUGCUCCAUCCCUCAAGAGAAGUCAAAUGCAGAAAUUAAUGCAGAGUUGGGUAUAUCAGAUGCUGAUGAGGAUGCUUGCGAUGCCCCUUCAAAUUAUAUGGAAUUGGAAUUUAGACAGACAUCAGUUUCCAAGGAGUAUGAAUUUACACGCAUUACUACCAAUCAGUUUCUGCACCGUAGCCGUAAAACUCAAACUAUUGAUGAGUUGAACUCUAUCUCAGAUGCAUAUGGGCUUGGUUUCUGGGAUUUCUUGAUGGCUGCCAUGCAUAAUGGCUCCUUUUUAGACCUGGCUAGUUUAGGACUGGAACAUGUAAAGUGCAGUUUAGGUUGUGGAGAUGAAUGCUUGAAUCGAAUGCUUAAUAUUGAGUGCGUUCAAGGCACAUGUCCAUGUGGGGACCUUUGCUCAAAUCAACAGUUCCAAAAACGCAAUUAUGCCCAAAUGACAUGGGAGCGAUGUGGGAAGAAAGGUUUUGGGCUGCGAUUGGAAGAGGAUAUAUCCAGAGGGCAAUUCCUUAUUGAAUACGUCGGAGAGGUGCUUGAUGUGCAUGCUUAUGAGGCAAGGCAAAAAGAGUAUGCUUCCAAGGGUCACAAACAUUUCUACUUCAUGACAUUGGAUGGCAGCGAGCUUCUAGAUGCUGUGAUAAAAGUACUGGUGGUAAUUGAUGCAUGCGCAAAGGGAAAUUUGGGGCGUUUCAUUAAUCAUAGUUGCGAUCCUAAUUGUCGUACUGAAAAGUGGGUGGUCAAUGGAGAAAUUUGUAUUGGAUUAUUUGCGCUGAGGGAUAUCAUGAAGGGUGAAGAAGUGACAUUUGACUACAACUAUGUAAGAGUGGUUGGAGCUGCUGCCAAAAGAUGCUAUUGUGGUUCACAUCAAUGUCGAGGCUAUAUUGGUGGUGAUCCAACUAGCACUGAAGUAAUUGAUCAAGUUGAUUCGGAUGAAGAAUUUCCUGAACCUGUAAUGCUUGAACACGGGGAAGUUGGAGAUGGCUUAAAACAUAAAACAUCUAAAACCAGUUUCUUUGGAUUAUCAAAAGAUAGGGAAAUGGAAUUCAAAACAGCUGUUGGGAACUUGAAGGUUGGCACCGAAAAUAAGGAUUUGACAAACCAAUUAACUCCUGCCAUUUCUCAAUCACCCAGUGCAUCAGAAAUGAAUGGUCUACGUGGAGAUUUUUCUUCUUCCAGUCAACGAGUAGAAAUCUCCCUUCAGGCUGAAGACGUAACGACCCAACCCACACCUGCAGUUCAGCAAGAGAUUCCUGCAGAAGAAAAUAUGAACAAAUCCUUGCAUUCCAGUCAAAAGUUGAAGACCUCUCCAACUUCAACUCCAACCAAACCAUUGCCUGAUGAUGUUAUGAUUAACAGGAAGUCUAAGUCUGCCACAGCUGAAAACAAGCGUGUUUUUGUGAAAUCUCGUUUUAUUAUUAAAACUCCAAACCAAUCUGGUUUAAUCAAGAAAGGAAAGUCCGCUAGCAAUCUCAUAAACAUAAACAAGGUUCAGACAAUAGCCAACAAACCUCAGAUGCUGCCCAUUAAACCCAAAAAAUUAAUAGAGAGUGCCUCGGAUGACCAUUUUGAAGCAGUUCAGGAGAAACUUAAUGAGUUGUUGGAUUCUGAGGGUGGCAUAAGCAAACGGAAAGAUGCCCCUAAAGGCUACUUGAAACUUCUCCUCCUUACUGCAGCUUCUGGUGCUAUUAGAAAUGGUGAAGCAAUUCAGAGUAAUCGGGAGCUUUCUAUGAUACUUGAUGCACUGUUGAAAACUAGAUCACGGGUGGUACUGAUGGAUAUAAUUAACAAAAAUGGUUUACGGAUGCUUCACAACAUAAUGAAGCAGUACAGAAGGGACUUUAAAAAGAUUCCGAUUCUCCGGAAGCUUCUAAAGGUGCACACAUUGGCAGCUCUGUUAUAUAGAAAUAUCACAACAAGCACUGUUAUUGUGCACCCCAACAUGUGUCAAAUCUCACAUCCUAGUUUUAGAGCAUUUGGCAGUCAAGGAGAUACUUACAUUGGAACAUAUAAGUGGAGGUCCUCCUUGUCCUGGAAUGGAGAGGGAAGGAACCCUGGGCUUCUGAAGCAUACAUUACUGAGCAAAGAUGGGAAGUAUACAAUUGAAGCUACAUUAGAUUUUGUAAAUGAAAAGAACAGUGGCGGCAUUAUAUUAUCUGGUGUAGAAUUAACAAGAAAACGGAGUGGAUUCACCAAGGGAUUGACCUUCAUCUGGAAGCAAAUGAAAACUUGGCAAGAGAAGCUUAUUUUCUGGUUCCUUUUCCCAAGAAGCAAGUCCAUACAAAAUGACAAAAAGGGUAGCAACCUUGGGACAAAUGAAGCUUACGUUACUGAGGAAAGAUGCCAAGCAUACAGUUGA